CGCGGGCGACAAGAUGGCGGCGCCCGGCGGCGGCAUGGAAGCCGGGGAGGAGGCCGAGGGAUUGGUUUUAGGGCGGCUGGAGGAGGAGGCGCUGAAGCGGCGGGAGCGGCUGAAGGCCCUGAGGCAGCGAACGCUCCAGAACAAAGAGGGCGAAGAACCUGAAUCCAAAGUUCCCAGAGAAGAUGAGGAAGAGGAGCCAAUCAAGCACAGGGAGAUCAAGCUGCGGAAUUACGAUCCCGAGGAUGAGGAGCUGAAGAAGAGGAAGCUGCCCCCGGCCAAACCGGCCUCAGUGGAGGACACGGUGAAGGAGCAGCUGGAAGCGGCCAAGCCGGAGCCCAUCAUUGAUGAGGUGGAUUUGGCAAACUUGGCUCCCAGGAAACCCGACUGGGAUUUGAAGCGGGAUGUGUCCAAGAAGCUGGAAAAGCUGGAGAAGAGGACGCAGAGAGCCAUCGCGGAGCUGAUCCGAGAACGCCUGAAAGGGCAGGAGGGGGAGCUGGCGUCGGCGGUGGGAUCGGCAAAGCAGGAGGGAAGCGACUCCGACUGAGGAGAAUCCAUCGGGAACGGGCUCCGGAUCUGCCUCGCGCCCACCCCGCGUCCCUCAGAUCCCUUCCCAGUCUGGGACCGCUUUUCCCGAAAUUCCCGAAUCCUGCCGUGCCCGGAGGAGGGGCAGAUCCAAGGAGCCUGGCCGGCUGCUGAGGAGCUUCCAUGGAAAAGCUCCCUGGGAUUGUGGGGGGUUGAUGGGAGCAGGAAAGACUCCCCAAGUUAGCUGGAACUUCCUUGGAGCAAGGAAAAAUGGGAAAACUCCGGGAUGGGGCCGGAAAGGUCAAUCCAGGCUCGUUGGGAAAGGAGGGAGAUGCCAACAGCCCUUGGAAAAGCAGGAUCAUUUCCCAGGGAUUGGUGCUCCUGUUCCUGUGCAGAGACUCCUUGAGGCUCUGAGUAUUUGGGAAUGUGCACGGCCAGCCGCGGAAUUCCUGCGGGAAUGUGGCUCGGGAACUGUUGGCUGCUCUGCAUCCAGCAGUUUGUUUCACGUGGGAUUUGCUUUGCUCCCGGAAUUUCCCGACCCUCCAGGAGCUCCUCCUCUUGGGGUUUUUUAUUGUUAACGGAUCUUUUCCUAAUAAAACAAUUCCAU